GGGGCGCCCGGGCGACCGCGGCAAUGCGCGGUCCCUGGCCCUGGGAGGCGGCCACGCUGGGGCCGUCGGGAUGGAGGUGAGAAGACGGCCGUGACGCGCGCCCGCGAGGCCCCCUGCACCCCCAGCAGCCCAAAGCGCUCCCUGCCCCCCUCCCCCGCGGCGGCUGGCCUCGCCGUCCAGUGACAGCGGCCUGGGGGGGCAGGGGGGGCGGGGGCGGCCGGACCAGCGAUGCCGGCGGGCAUGACGAAGCAUGGCUCCCGCUCCACUAGCUCGCUGCCACCCGAGCCCAUGGAGAUCGUGCGCAGCAAGGCGUGCUCGAGGCGCGUCCGCCUCAACGUCGGUGGGCUGGCACACGAGGUGCUCUGGCGCACCCUGGACCGCCUGCCCCGCACGCGGCUGGGCAAGCUCCGCGACUGCAACACGCACGACUCGCUGCUGGAGGUGUGCGACGACUACAGUCUCGACGACAACGAGUACUUCUUCGACCGCCAUCCGGGCGCCUUCACCUCCAUCCUCAACUUUUACCGCACCGGGCGGCUGCACAUGAUGGAGGAGAUGUGCGCACUCAGCUUCAGCCAAGAGCUGGACUACUGGGGCAUCGACGAAAUCUACCUGGAGUCCUGCUGCCAGGCCCGCUACCACCAGAAGAAGGAGCAGAUGAACGAGGAGCUCAAGCGCGAGGCAGAGACUCUCCGCGAGCGGGAGGGCGAGGAGUUCGAUAACACGUGCUGCGCGGAGAAGAGGAAGAAACUCUGGGACUUACUGGAGAAGCCCAAUUCCUCUGUGGCCGCCAAGAUCCUUGCCAUAAUUUCCAUCAUGUUCAUCGUCCUCUCCACCAUUGCCCUGUCUCUCAACACCCUGCCCGAGCUGCAGAGCCUUGACGAGUUCGGCCAGACCACAGACAACCCCCAGCUGGCCCACGUGGAGGCCGUGUGCAUCGCAUGGUUCACCAUGGAGUACCUAUUGAGGUUCCUCUCCUCCCCAAAAAAGUGGAAGUUCUUCAAGGGCCCGCUCAACGCCAUUGACUUACUGGCCAUUCUGCCAUAUUACGUCACCAUCUUCCUCACUGAAUCCAACAAGAGCGUGCUGCAGUUCCAGAACGUCCGCCGUGUGGUCCAAAUCUUUCGGAUCAUGCGUAUUCUCCGCAUCCUUAAGUUGGCACGUCACUCCACUGGCCUCCAGUCCUUGGGCUUCACCCUGCGGAGGAGCUACAAUGAGCUGGGCUUGCUCAUCCUCUUCCUCGCCAUGGGCAUCAUGAUCUUCUCCAGCCUUGUCUUCUUUGCCGAGAAGGAUGAGGAUGACACCAAGUUCAAAAGCAUCCCGGCCUCUUUCUGGUGGGCCACCAUCACCAUGACGACCGUUGGGUAUGGAGACAUCUACCCCAAGACUCUCCUGGGGAAAAUUGUGGGGGGUCUCUGCUGCAUCGCAGGGGUCCUGGUGAUUGCUCUUCCCAUCCCCAUCAUUGUCAAUAACUUCUCUGAGUUUUACAAAGAGCAAAAGAGGCAGGAGAAAGCCAUCAAGCGGAGAGAGGCUCUGGAGAGAGCCAAGAGGAACGGCAGCAUCGUAUCCAUGAAUAUGAAGGAUGCAUUCCCCCGGAGCAUCGAGAUGAUGGACAUUGUGGUUGAGAAAAAUGGAGAGAAUGUGGGUCAGAAAGACAAAGUGCAAGAUAAUCACUUGUCUCCCAGCAAAUGGAAAUGGACCAAGAGGACACUGUCUGAAACCAGCUCAAGCAAAUCCUUUGAAACCAAGGAGCAGGGAUCCCCUGAGAAAGCCAGAUCAUCUUCUAGUCCUCAGCACCUGAACGUCCAGCAGUUGGAAGACAUGUACAACAAGAUGGCCAAGACCCAAUCUCAACCCAUUCUCAAUACUAAGGAGUCAGCCACCCAGAGCAAACCAAAGGAAGAACUUGAAAUGGAGAGCAUCCCCAGCCCCGUGGCCCCUCUGCCUACUCGUACAGAAGGGGUCAUUGACAUGCGAAGCAUGUCAAGCAUUGAUAGCUUCAUUAGCUGUGCCACAGACUUCCCUGAAGCCACCAGAUUCUCCCACAGCCCUUUGGCAUCACUUCCCAGCAAAACUGGAGGUGGCAUGGCCCCAGAGGUUGGCUGGCGGGGAGCUCUGGGUGCCACUGGUGGUAGGUUUGUGGAGGCCAACUCCACCCCUGAUGCCAGCCAUCACUCCACUUUCUUCAUCGAGAGCCCCAAGAGUUCCAUGAAGACCACCAACCCCUUGAAGCUUCGAGCUCUUAAAGUCAACUUCAUGGAGGGCGAUCCCAGUCCAUUAGUCCCCAUUCUGGGGAUGUACCAUGACCCUCUUAGGAACCGGGGGGGUGCUGCGGCAGCUGUGGCGGGACUGGAGUGUGCCACCCUCUUGGACAGGCCUGUGCUGAGUCCAGAGUCCUCCAUCUACACCACGGCAAGUGCUCGGACACCCCCCCGGUCGCCCGAGAAACACACAGCAAUAGCAUUCAACUUCGAAGCAGGUAUCCACCAGUACAUUGACGCGGACACAGAUGAUGAAGGGCAAGUCCUCUACAGUGUGGACUCCAGCCCUCCCAAGAGCCUCCCUGGGAACACGAGUCCCAAGUUCAGUGUCGGGACGAGGUCAGAGAAGAACCACUUUGAAAGCUCCCCCUUACCCACCUCCCCUAAGUUCUUAAGGCAGAACUGUAUUUACUCUACAGAAGCAUUGACUGGAAAAGCUCCCAGUGGUCCGGAAAAGUGCAAACUUGAGAACCACAUCUCCCCGGACGUCCGCGUGUUGCCGGGGGGCGGAGCCCACGGAAGCUCACGGGAUCAGAGCAUCUGAACCACCCCCACACCGAGAAGAGACUUCUGGCAGGGUCCAAAGAGGGGUGCUGUUCAGCUUACCUGCCGCGGAGGUUUUCUGCAUGAACUCUGAAACAGAAAGGCUCUGCAAAACCCCCAGAAAGAAGAGAGACUCCAGAGGACGCUCCCUUAAAACCUUGAGAGCUGUUAACGGGUCCAUCAGAAGCAAAGCCGGCCAAGCCAUGGGGUAUGGCGCCUCCUUGUAACAACUCUACUGCCCUCUUUGGAAGAUGACAAGAACAGAACUCGCAGCCGCCACUACCACGUUCCAGACGCCACCGAGGCCACCUACUCCUCAUUCUGUUCUCAUGGCUCUCCAUCACAGCCUCCGAGGGCAACAUCUUCAUCCCUCCUGGCUUCUGCUGAAGAAGGAUGCUGGAACAGGUGGCCGGUGUUCGAAGAGUGGGUUGACCAUUUUGUUUUUGGGCGUUGCCUGGCCACCUCUAGGAACUUCUGUCUGUCACCUGCUGGAUGGAUCCCACUGUUAGAAGGCUACCGGGCAUGCUCAUGUCCUGGGGAAAGCUGCACCGUAAGCCAGGAUCCUAGCGCAAAACCCUUCCUCAAAUGUCUUCAUUGACUUCAGUAUUCCAUAGUACCUGAGAUUUUAUUUUGAGAUAUCAUCAGGGUGAGUUGCACCACUUGUACUCAAUUCUAAUUGCCCCCUGGCAAUCUGGAAAGGGUUCAGAAGGCGGGUGCUCAGGCAACAGUAUGAACUCUGAGCAUUGCUUUAGGGUGGAGAAGGAAAAUGCUUUCUGUACAUCGCUAGGGUAGACUCAAAAGAUAUGCAAGUGUCAAAUAUGCAAAAGAAUAGCUUCUUCAAAGUGACUGUAUGUUACUGAAGAACAGAAUAAAAUCUGUUUGUUUGUUUUUUUUUAAUCUGAAAAAAACAAAAGGAAAAAAAAAAUCCCCAAUCGAAAUGCCCAGUUCAGACUUUUGAAUCCUUCCUGCUGAGGCAGGGAAAGUACUUAUUAUAAUAGAAUUUCUUUUUUGUUUCCUGUGGUAUUUAAGUUUUAAGAAAAAAGUUAAAAUAAAAAGCACUUUAUGUUUUUCAAAAAAAAAAUAGGUUUUACCAGGGACAGUGUCAACAUCUCGCACUUUAAAACGAGCAUGAUUUCCCGUGGGCCACUUCAUUGGGACUACAGCUGAGUUUUUGCUCCAGGCGUGUGUCUGGCCACGGUGGGUGAUACUGUGCUGGUAUUGCUGUCAGAGUCUGUGGGCUCCUUCCUUGUCCCCCUCAAGCUUCCCCUUAACCCUCUUUCAUCAGAAAGGGUACUUGGCCCUUGUGUGGGGUCCUGUGCUUAAGUCAUGUGUAUAGGAAACACGAGCAUCUCAGAAGAAGGAUGUAGAUGGUUGGGCAUUGGAUGUUGUACUCUGUUCUCUUUCUUGUCCACCAGGUGUGGGUGUGUUUUCAGUGUCACUGUCUGUACUAACAGCUCAGCUCUCCUUUCUGCAGCCAUCAGUGCAGCCAGUACAGACAAAAGCAAUAAGUAUUUGUGUGCAUUGUGAGCAGUUCUGGUCACUCUCUCUUGGUGUUGGUCUUCCUGUCUUAGUUUGAUGACCUGGCGUUGACCUGCCUGAUUUUAGCUCAACAGCGUGGUGGUGCUGGCCAUUCCCCAGUUCAGGAACACUGGGUGGAGCCACUGGUUAGCACGAUGCCAUGCUGUUGGCCCAUCUGUUAGUGAAAAUGGCACGUUAUUGAUCUACUUGUCUUCAGUACAAUGGGGCAAUGUCGUUCUCCUAACACAAUGUUGAUGGAUGGUGUCCCAAGUACAAUAGCAUAGCCCUGCCGAUCCUCAAUAUAGUGCCAGGCAUUCGUCUUCCUGAUGGAACAAAAUGUGGUUUGCCUGUCCUUCAUAGAAUCUGUUGUUGGUCUGCCUGUUAGUACAAUGGCACAAUCCACCUGUCAGUACACAAGCAUCACAGAAUCGUUCUGCCUGCCCUCUGCACAGUGGCAUGAGAUUGGGCCAACUGUCGCAGGUAUGACGACACGGGGUCAUUCCACUGCCCUUGAAAAUGUUGUAUCCUCUGCUGCAUAUGCACCCGGUUCGUACUGCUUCUCAGCAUCUCCAAGGACUGCAGAUCCCUCCAAGAGGGCGCAGUCCUGUUUUCUGCUGCGUUAACACAGUGUCUUGACUCCGGAAGUACCAGAGUACUCUUGCAUCAAAUCCUAAGGGAUUUAAGGGGCAGGGAGUACGAGGUUAUCCUGGGCUGGUGGCUCACCGGAAAGAGGAAGCGCAGGCCCCCCAGGUGCUUUGCUGAGCACACAGUACAGGCUGGGGGCUGGUGGAGGAGUGGCUGCAAGACCGUCUUCCCAGGGCCAUCUCUCGCGUCUCUUUGUUUCUGUCACCAUUCACAUCUGCCAUCAGCACAAACGUGAAAAUUCAGGGAAAACAAACAAAUGCUUUUUGAUAAAAGUAAAUAGUUGUGAUUUCCGAUUCAGAUAUUUUUAGAGCUGAUGCUAUCUGUAAAAAUUAAUAAUAAUAUAGUCUAUUUUACAUAUCAGGAAAGUGAACAUGUUUAAAUAUAGCCAUAUAUAGUGAGAGGGAACUUAUCACCCCUUCUUCAAAUCGAAGCAUUUCAUUUGCUGGUUGAAGCAGUUGAGAAGUGUACAGAUUAGAAAUGAUUUCUUUUUUCUUUUUUUUUAAAAACUAAUAACCAAUUGGUGCAACUCUCCUUGUAACCAAAGGCCCUAUCUGCCUUGCGUGGUCAUGCAGGACCUAUCCCUUUCCUUCCUCAUGUAUUUUGUCUGAACUUAAAGUAGCAUUUUAUUGAGUCACUUUUGAAGGAUGAAUUCAGAAGUAUCAUGAAGAACCUACCUGUUCAGGCUUAAUAGCCAGAGUCCUAUAGAGUUCUUAUAGAAACAGAAUAACUGAAACUCAGCAUAUACUAUGCUUAGAAAGUAUUGCAUUUUGUUUUGGGUUUUCCUUUUACGUGUGGAUGUUAUCGUAGGAAUAUAGUUUUUACCCUGUGCCGAUUCAAAAUAGAGUAUUUUAAGGUUUCCCAGGCCCCCACCCGCCAAAAAGAAACAUCUCCAGAUUUUUUAAGAUGUGUACACCCUACUUGUACAUGUACUGUGUACGUGCACUGGGAAAUCUACCUAAGAGUCUCCACUGAGAAGCUAACCUUGAUAGACUGGUAUUGAUGGAGGAGAGAAAAGCAAUGGUUUGGAGGCAAAUACUGCUUUAACCUGGUGGUCCCACCCAUUCCUGAACCAAUGAAAGUGGGAGAAAAAAACAAAAAGAAAUGUUAUUUCAUCCCAAAGAAAUGAAUCUAGGGGCUGGAGGUGGAUGGAUGCCUGGCCCCUUCGGCACAUUCAGUAAAACUCAUCAAGAACCCCAGCAAACUUCCACCAUUAUCAAAAAGGGCUAGGGACCAGGUCCAGACACAGCUGAGUGUGUGUUUCAAGACAUAGGCUACAUGGGACAACAAAAACAAGGGACCAGGUAGCUGUGCACCCUGAUCAUCCAGGGGGCCGUCGCCGACCAGCAGAGAGAGGUGGGCAAGCUCUGGAGGAGUCCAUUUACUCACCUUUUUAUCUUGGGGUAAAGAAAACAAUAGGACUUCCGUGCAGUAGAUUUCUCAGUGCCUUCUUUAGGAGUUUUAUCUUAAGCACACUCAAUGGGGAGAGAAAAAAGAGGAAAGAACAUUCAUUCCCAGAAAGCCCCUUUCUCUCAAGGCAUCGGGGAUCGAGAAGGAAGAAGAUGACGUUGGUGAAACAGCAAAAUCCUGAGGAGGCCAUUUCCUUUCAACCCACCUGGCUCGCCCCUGAGAAUUGCUGGUGACACAGACUUUUUCAGACUGAUUACCCAACCUCUCCUCCACCAUGUCUUAGUAUCUGUAAGCCUCAUCCUUGCCCUUUCUCCUAAUAAGAUCCACAUUUCUAAUGAGAAAAAAAAAAAAAAACAGAACAGUAUUCUCUUCUGUAAAACUGUAAUGUAUUGUUGAUGUUUGUAACUACUGUAUAUUUCUGUCUUGCUCCAAGUCUUGGCUGGAGUGUGUAGUCCAUGGGCACGGGGGGAAUUUAAAAUUUACCAGACAAGGGUCACUAAAGCCUGGUCUCUCUCUCUCCCUCUCUCCUUUCCUCAUUUCUCUGCCAACUAACUAGUUUCAAGUAACAUGACCCCAAGCCUCAGCCUCCAGUCAAGUAACUUUGAAUCCUCUGCGAGGGAGGCGAAAAGCCUCUAGCACAUGAUCCUUUGAGAAAGGACUUUUUCUACCACCAUGAAGUUGGCAGGACUUGAAAGAGUCCUCCCGUGACUCCCCCAGCAGGACAGUGGAGAACCUCCAGCCCUGAGCUGAAAUUUCCUCACCUCCCACUGCUUACAUGACAGCAUCCAAAUGCUUUUACUCAACCCCGGGCGACCCAA